AUUUUUUAGAUGGAUUGAUAUCCAGAACAGAAUUUAUCAUGUCAUCUGGAAACAAAAUUUAAUUACCUUCUUUUAUAAAAUUUCUGAUUUUUGCAAAAUUACGCUGUAAUUCUGAUAAUCCACAUUCACAGCAGUUUAAUGUGAUUCUAUUGUGCAGUUACUUGGUAUGGGAAUUGGGUUUUAUUGGGUGUUGACAAAGGUUGAAUAUUUGUGAAUAGAGAGAGAAGCUGUAGGGGUUUGUGUGAACUGUGAUGUAUUGUGGAGGAGAGGAGAAGCAAUGGAGUUGUGAAAAAGCUGGGACCUUGAGUUUGCAGAGAGUUGGUUCUAUAGUUUGCGAUAUUGGAUAGCCUUGCCUAUAUCAGUCAUCCAUACAAGUUGUUAUAGCUGUAAGACUAUCAUCUACUCUAUCAGUGACUCUAUCGUCACUCUUUUAGCUUUAUAGCAAUGAGUUAGCUCUCCCUUUUCAUGUUCAAGAUUUGUUCUGAAGGAUAAUUGGUUCAUCUAGGCAGAUUUAACGUAGCUCCAACAGUGCACAAAUUCGUGUUUUAUCAAUUUACUAGACAUUUGGUAUGGAUUAUGUUCUUUAUUUGGUUAACGUAAUUCCCUUUGGUGUCGUUGUGAUACUAAUUUUCAAUGAAAUAUUAAAGAUCCCUCCGUCAUUAAUUGGUGCAGGUAAGCAGAAUGCUGAAGCCAGAAAAGUGGCGGACACUUUUUGAUAACGAUGGAAAGAUUUUUGGUUUUAAGAAAGCCCUCAAGUUGAUUGUUUUGGGGGUGUGUUUUUUCUUUUCCCAAAAUUUCUGAUAGAAUGAGUAGGUAUUUUGUUGCAUGUUUUCAUACCAUUUUGUUGUAAAUCUCUCAACGCAAAGUUAUAAUGUUUACCUAGCAAUAUUAUACUUUAGGAAUCUAGGAUUGUAAUGGAGUUGGCUUUAUAGAAUGCCAUGAUUUCUUUGAUCAAAUUUCAGACUUCCAGUCAGUGUGAUUUGAUGCAGCCUCCUUUCUCCCUGAGUUUGAUAUGUUAGCAUGUGAUAAAUAACAUUAUUGGUUCAUUGAAAUUUCUCAAAUAAGCCACACCCUUUCCCAUGCCACUUCUUCUGAAGGUAAGUCAUCAUUGAUUAUAAUUGAUAGUCAUACCAUUUUGCUUAAGUUCGGAAAUUUCUGCUUGGUUUUUAUGCAUUGGGAAGCACUGCAGGGUACUGAAAGCAUUUGAGAGCAUUGCAUAGGUAUAGGCUUUUUUCCCCUCAUUUUUUUCUUAUUGAGUUACAUACCAUAAGCACUUAACUGAAUUUCCUUUGUUCAAUAUGUCUACUGCUACUCAUCUCUGAUACAAGGUUAAAUAUCCAUCUGUCAUCAUUUUUUCUUUUCCCUUUUUUUUUUCUGAAAAAAGUGGGAAUCAGGGAAGUAAUAUUGAAGGAAAAAGUUCCUUGGGGGAGAAAGAGGGGUGCUUAAUCUUCUCUACCCCAUCUUGCCUGGAUAUAUCAUGGGAAUAUUGUUUUCUUAGCUUUUACUUCAAGAGCUUAUAUAUUCUACAAAGCUAGCGUUUUCUUGUGACUUUGUAAUCUCUAUCAUGUCUUGGUUCAAAAAGUUAGCUUUUCUUGCCUCCUCACAAGUGUACAUAACUUAUUAUUUGCAAUUAUUGAGCAGUAGUUAUGAAUGGCUUUCGUACUUUGUGGUUAUGCAUUUGCUAAAAUCAAGGCACUGAUUUUUA